ACUAAUUCGUUGUAAACGUGUAUGCACGUUUAAUCAGCAUUUGGAGUGGCGGUAUUUUGUUUCGCAAUAUUUACAUUCAAAUUAUUAUGUUUUUGUUACUCUUGUUUCGCAGGGACGUUAAAAAGUGAUGCAAACAAACUUCCAUUGUACAUUUUUUUUUUUUACUAAUAAGAGUACUCAUAAUAUUAAAUAACUUAAGACUCUGGAAUCUCCUUUAUUUUAUAGCAGAACCCCAACGUUUAGCAAAACACUGAUUCCAUUGGUUUGGACGCUGAGGAUGCAGUUAAGUGUCGCAGUAUGAUGACAUGUGAAGAUAUUCUACAGAAGGACUGGUACAACAUUCUCGGUGCCAACCCUUCUGAAAGCCUACAAGAACUGAAGCAAAAGUACCAGAAACUGGCACUGCUGUAUCACCCAGACAAACAGAGCCCAGAUGUGCCAGCAGGAGAGCUGGAGAAGCGUGUGCAGAGGUUCAUAGACGUCGACCAGGCAUGGAAAAUUCUUGGGAACGAAGAGACAAAGAAGCAGUAUGACCUGCAGCGACGUGCAGCUGAACUGAAGCAGAAGUGGCCAGUUGAUGGUCGUGUUUGUAUUGAAGAUAUGGACUGGGAUGAUGAUGAGCAGUCCUAUGUACAUGGAUGUCGCUGUGGAGGAGAAUACUGUCUUUCAAAAGAAGAUGCAGAAGAAAAUGUUGCAGUAAUCUGUUGCGAUACUUGCUCUCUUAGUAUAGAGGUCAUAAAGAGGAGCUGACAUUAAAUGAACGACUGUUUUAAAAUGCAAAAUACAGACGUAAUUUAUAAUAAACACCUGACCAAAAAAGUUUUAAAGUUCUGCUCUGAUUGUAACCAUAACAACUUUCAUGAAGUUUGCACUAUGCAUUCACCUUGUAGAAACUGUUUUGACUCUGACAGUUGCAUGCUGUACAAUUAUUGAGCAUUUGUAUAUUAAAUCAGUUUAGAUGAACUA